GGCCGCCGCUCUCGGAGUCGAGCGAGCGUGGCGCUGUGCGCCACCAACUCCCUCCUUUCGCACAAUGCCUCGGGCAGCGAAAAAGCAGCUUUAAAAUGUCAAGGCUGGAUCCAAUUUGCCAGCGAGCGUGCGAGCGGCGGCAGCGGGAGGAGGAUGCUGAGGGGCGAGGCGGCGGCGUCUCCGCGGGGCUGAGGCUGCCUGGCGCAUCAUGAAACUCUACUGCAAAGUGGUGGCCCUGGCGCUCUGCCUGGGCAUCCUGCUCUUGCUUUACCUCUUCGUGGGCAACGCGGACGAGCCGCCGUUGAAAGUUGCCAAAGGGAAUCGCUUGGCUCUCGUUUCCUCUGGGCCGGGGGCGGACUUGGUGGCUCCGGCGCUCCGGGCGCAUUUCCGACCUGUCCCGCCUGCAGCAGCGGAGCAAGAGGAAGAGGCAGCUCAGGUUUCCAGGCGGGAGCCACGUCUCCACAAAAAGCCAGGCAAACGGAGCGCUGCCAGAGGGAAGUUUGCAAACGUUAGGAAACCAAAGGACCAGAAGCCGUCUACAGUUCAGCUCUCAUCUCCAGCGUGGAUGCAUCUGGCAGUUGUAGCAUGUGGUGACCGACUGGAAGAAACACUCAUCAUGCUGAAAUCAGCAAUUCUGUUCAGUAACAGGAAACUCAAGUUUCACAUCUUUGCUGAGGAUUCCCUGAAGCCUGAAUUUGAGAGGAAAUUGCAGGACUGGCCUCCCUCUUAUACCAAGAAGUUUGAGCAUAAUGUCUACCCAAUUGCCUUUUCAGUAGGAAAUGCUCAGGAAUGGAAAAAAUUAUUCAAGCCAUGCGCUGCCCAACGCCUCUUUCUUCCGAUGAUUUUAAAAGAUGUGGAUUCCCUUUUGUAUGUGGACACAGAUGUUCUGUUCUUACGGCCUAUUGAUGACAUCUGGGAUUUUCUGAAAGCAUUUAAUUCCACGCAGCUGGCUGCAAUGGCACCAGAACAUGAAAUACCAAAGAUUGGCUGGUACAGUCGGUUUGCUCGUCACCCUUAUUAUGGAACGACUGGGGUCAAUUCUGGUGUCAUGCUGAUGAAUUUAACCCGCAUAAGAAAUGCCCAGUUCAGAAACAGCAUGAUACCAACGGGCUUGACAUGGGAAGAAAUGUUGUACCCUUUGUACCAGAAGUAUAAAAACUACAUUACGUGGGGAGACCAGGACUUGCUCAAUAUUAUUUUUUCCUUUAACCCAGAGUGUCUGUAUCUGUUCCCUUGUCAAUGGAACUAUCGGCCAGAUCACUGCAUGUAUGGGAGUAACUGUAAAGGAGCAGAGGAAGAAGGCAUAUCCAUUCUCCAUGGGAAUCGGGGUGUCUACCAUGAUGACAAGCAGCCUACUUUCAAAGCCCUCUAUGAAGUGAUACGUGAUUUUUCCUUUGAAGACAAUCUCUUUCAAUCAAUGUACUACCCACUCCAGUCAAAGUUCCUUGAUACUGUACACACUUUAUGUGGUCGAAUUCCGCAAGUUUUUCUGAAACAGGUUGAGACAACUAUGAAGAAAGUCUAUGAAAACAGAGUGGUCAUCCAUGUUGGGGCCAAUUUCAGAUUGUAAUUAUAGCAAUAUAUAUUUUAAUAUGGUCGUCACCUUUUUUAUCCAGACCUCUUGAAGAAGAUUAACUGAACGGAAAAUGUUUCAGACAGCUGCAGCUUAAGCAGAAUUGUCAAGAUAUUUUUGAAUGCUGAACACACAAUCCAUGAACUUCCUGAUGAAGAUGAAUAUGGCUUAAAGAUCUAAGGAUUUCCAGUAGUACUUGUCGGAAUUCUUUGGAAAUGACUGUUAAGCAUUUAACUUUUUUGCUUCUGUAUGAAGCUUAUGAAGCACCGUGACUGAGUUAAGCCCAUUGAAAUGAAGGGCCCUCUUCAGAGGGAAAAAGACUGUAAAGAUUUAGUCUGUGAGAUGAUGCAUUAAUUCAGUAGUACUCACUCCUCAGCUCACAGAGAGCCGCACUGCAGUUUCCAUCAAUCGAAAGAGCCACAUGACAUGCCCUGUGUGUGCCAAACACAGACAUAAUGUAAGAUAUUAGUAUUAAAUAUUACCAGAGUUCCUCUGA